GUCUCUUUCUUUCUCUAACUCUCUCUCUCAAUUCUUUUUUGUUCAUCUGGGAGCGCCAACAACAACUAGGACAAGGCGAGGGAUAAGCCAUCAUUUCCACUAUUCACUUCACGGCUGAGGACAGAACAAGAACGGCAACCGUCGCCGCUGUUGACCUGAAACCCUAAAAAACAUCGUCGCAUUGGGUUACCAUACUACAUUGUCCUAGAACUAUUCCAAUUUGAGCUUCUCUCACAUUGGUUGCUUGAAGUUACUGCAGAGUUAGCUUUUUGGAUCACACAUGGAUGCCACACCAGAUGCCCAAUCUCAAUGGGAUUUUAGCUGUGACCUGGUAGUAGAUUUUGGAUCCGAAGAGAAUGCUUCUAUUGUGUAUGCCACCUUAAUGGUUGACAAGGAGUUGCAACCUGAUAAAGUAAAACGACUUACGACGGUUUCUAAUGGAAAGCUAUCAGUGCACUUUGAGGCAACAGAAGCCAGAUUUCUUCGUGCAUCGUUCAGUGCUUUUGUAGACGUCCUUACACUAGCAACCAAAACAAUUGAAGAAUUUGGUCAAGGAAUGGAGUUGUGAGAUCUGCUUCUCUCUUGACUGUUGCAUUAUUUGAGUGUGUACUCUUCAGAUGUUCAAAUGUACUAUUACUUUUUGCAUGAUUACAAGCAAGACGACUUUUUUUGUUUUUUUUUUAUACAUGAUGGAUGGUUUAAGCUAUAAUGUAUGUUAGACUUGUCAGUAUGGAAUGUUUUAGGUGUUUGGCCACUCCACUAUGGUUUACCAUCUAAUUUUAACGAUGAAUGCUAAUUGCUGUCAAAGAUGAUCGCUGACGGUUAUUUUCUAA